CUCGCGCGCAUGCAGGUCGGGGUGCGUGGGGUAGUGGUUUUUGUCUCGCGGAGCAAAGUGGUCUGUUCCUCAGAAGGCUCGCGCACAUCGAGGGAGCAGCAGCACGCAGCAGCUAACAGAACAAAGGGAUUUAAUUUCGCCGCUUGUGUCCUCGUGCCUGUUCCGGUCUCUUCCUGCUGUAAGCUAACCGGGGACGUUUCACCAGGACCGUCCUGCCACUACAUUCCCAACCGAGGUUUAUUAUGGAGAAGCAGCUGCUGUGCUGCGAGGUGGACUCUAUCAGGAGAGCCUACCAGGACGAAAACUUACUUAAUGACCGAGUCCUACAGACUAUGUUGAAGGCAGAGGAGAACUACCUACCGUCCCCAAACUAUUUUAAGUGUGUUCAGAAAGAGAUUAUACCCAAAAUGAGGAAAAUACUAGCCACUUGGAUGUUGGAGGUCUGCGAGGAGCAGAAGUGCGAGGAGGAGGUUUUUCCGCUGGCGAUGAACUAUUUAGACAGAUAUUUAUCAGUGGAGGCCACCAGGAAAACAAGGCUACAGCUGCUCGGAGCAACAUGCAUGUUUCUUGCAUCCAAGAUGAAGGAGACUGUCCCUCUAACUGCAGAAAAGCUCUGCAUAUACACGGACAACUCGGUCUUACCCGGGGAGCUGCUGCAAAUGGAGUUGCUGGUUCUCAACAAGCUAAAGUGGGAUCUGGCCUCAGUCACUCCUCAUGACUUCAUUGAGCACUUCCUGUCCAAGCUGAAGAUCCACCCAUCCACAAAGCUGAUCCUCAGAAAACAUGCUCAGACCUUUGUGGCACUCUGUGCGACAGAUGUCAACUUUGUUGCCAGUCCUCCAUCAAUGGUGGCAGCAGGAAGUGUGGUGGCAGCUGUUCAAGGUCUCUACUUGAAGAGCCAGGACACCUCCUUAUCCUCUUCAAACCUUACCAACUUUUUGUCACAGGUCAUUCGCAGUGACCCGGACUGCCUGCGGUCAUGUCAGGAGCAGAUAGAGUCCCUGCUGGAGUCCAGUCUGCGGCAGGCUCAGCAGCACAGUGGCACGACGGAAACCAAACGCAUGGAUGAGGAAGUGGACCUGUCCUGCACGCCAACAGAUGUGAGAGAUGUCAACAUUUGAGAAAGAUCACCAGCCAUGUCUCACGAUAAACCUGUUGAUCGAGGAGACAUCGGUGUCAGAGGGCACUGAUGGAAGGGUCGGGGAGGGUGUCUUAUGGUCCCAUCGCUGUAUGCCCAUCUUUUCUCUUCUGCUGCUUCCUGGUUGGCUGCCAAUAUGGCUUAUAAUUCCACUUUCUUGCCUGCUGUCUGCUAUGGCUGCCAAGACAAGACAAAGUGGCCUGCUGCCAUGCAGCAUACCCCAUUCUUGCCAGUGACCUCCCCCUCUUAAGGAAAGAAUGAAUGCAACAGAAAUCUACCUGAGAAAAAGGAUAAUGAACAUGGGUGUACUUUGAGGGCUGGAGCUGAAGCCAGAAGCUGACAGUUUAGCAGAUAGUUGUUUUUUUUUCUUCAUUUAACACACUAGGAAUCUUUAAAUUACUGCAGAUCCAACAAACCCACUAAAACAGUAGAUCUUCUAAGUUUGUUUCCAGAAUUCCUCCUGAAAUCUGACAUUUAUUAAAGUUGUUUUGUUUUCUUUUCUUUCCCUUUGUGUUAUAUAUAGAAUGAUUUUUGUCCAUCUGUCAACGUUCUCAUGUUUGUCUCAUUUAUUCCCGCUUUCUUAUGUUUAGUCACUUUAUUAUUUUAAUUUUAGACAUCAUUAGUCUUAUACCUCUUCUGUUCCAUACUUAUUGUUUGCUAUGUUAAAGUCAGCAUAUUGAGUGACAUUGAUUUUAUGAUCUUUGAAACUAUCAGCUACUGAUGUGGACAAAUGAAAAGCUUUAUUCAUUCCUUGACAGCAUUCAUUUGCUCAUUUCAGUUUGCUUUAAUUUGACAACAUUGAGUCAGUUCAUGUGUAAGCAGAAGAGUCCAUAGUCUGUUUUCAUUCUCUGCGUACCUUGACCAUUCCAGUGGUUGUUUUUCUACAAAAAAGCACUUUUGGUCAGCGAUGCUGGCUCAAGGAAAAAGUUCACAUUGAUAAAGUUUAUCAAAAAUAUAAAAAAUGAACAGCGGGAUGGGGUGUUGAGCUGGAAUCUUUGGGAAAAAAUGAUGUAGAGUAGUAUUUGCAUACAGUUGCACCUGAUGAGACAAAGAGUGGAUCAAAGUGGCAGACUGACUCACUGAUGCUGCCUCCCAACUCUUAGAUUAAGGUUUUUACUGCAGCAUGUCAGCUACAGCAGCCAGCUGGAAAAAUUUAAAGGGAUAUGUCAGAUUUCCAUCAUUCAUAUAAUGUUUUGUAUUUUAAUGUACAAAUAUAAAUUAUUUUUAUAACUUUAAACAGAUCCUAGCCAAACAUGCUGGUAUUAAUUUUAAAAAUUCAUUUUUAUGCUCCUGCAGAGCAGAAACAGCUAAAUUAAAUCUGUAGUGUGCCUCUGAAUCAGCAGAACUGCACCCCAUCCCACAAACACUAACAUAAAUAUUCAAACUAAGUUAAAACUUUGCUCAUGGAUUCCAGGAAAUGGAUAAAGCUGAAAAAAGAGGAGCGAUGAGACUAUUGACACGAUUUUGCACAAACCUGAAAGACAUGGGAGACGUUUGUCAGGGACAAAAAGGCAGAGAGCAAAGUUGGCAACAGGACCAAGGGGUGAAAAGUGGCAAAAAAGGUGAAGAUCACCACAAGGUGUGUCUUACAGCUGUAGAGUUAAAGUCAGGGUUCCUGCACAGAAUGGAUCAGGUUGAUAUAGGCUUUUAUGUAAAAAUAUGUGAGUGUGUCAAAUUGUGUAGGAGCUCUGCAUACUAGGUUUCUGAUUGUACAUUACAGAUAGAAAGUAGGAGAAGAACACUCCUUGUAUUCUGCUGCUAUAGGAAAAUAAAUCCCAGCUACGUGUUAAAAAAAGUAAAAGGUGAAAAAAAAAUUUAAUGAAUAAAAACAAUGCUUUGUUUCCUGUUGUUUGCUGCUAUGUUUUGAUUGUUUUUAUUUUAUACAUAUAAAUGUCAAUAUACUGCCAUUCUAGGUUUGAAUUUUCUCAUAGAAAAUUGUUAUUGACAUCCUCAUUUGUUGUUUCAUGUAGAAUAUAUAUGCUCAUUUUUUUUUUAUAAUUUCAUAAUAUGAUUCUCCAAACUAUUUCCAAAAAACAAGGAAAAUUUAGAUUUAUAGAAAAGUGUUUGAUCCACUAUACCUCAUGUGACAGUCAAGAUCUAUCUCUGACUUUUAGUCUUUUUGUUUGUUUUAGUUCUUAUUCUGUUUUGUCUGUUGGGUCAUUGAGUACCAGCUCUGUUAAACCUGCUCAAGGUGAAGCAUCCGUGAUGGAAACCAGCAAGUUCAGGGCAUGCUUUCAUACUGGUGUCAUAACAGAAAAUGGGAUAUCUAUUACUCUGUUGAGUGUUAAGCUGUCUCGGUAAAAAGAGACUUUAUCCCCCUUUAGGCCCAUUGUGGCCUUUCUUCCUCUCCCCUUUUUGUAUUUAUAAAGAAAAAAAAAAGCUUUGUGCUCCAAUUUUUGAACUGUCAGUGAGUUGAUUUGAGUUUGUAAAUAGAUUCAUUGUCAUGCUCAGUAAGCCAUAGACUGUUCUUGUUGUUUUCACAAAAUUAUUCUACACAGUUGUGUCUACUUUACGGUGGUUGUCUGUGACUGGGACAAACAGUGUAUUCAUCUUUGUGCUGACAACAAUAAAAAUAUGAAUUAGAUGGAAUCUUA